AUGUCUCAAUUUGAAGUGCAAAUUAUACCUACAAAACCAUAUCAAGAUCAAAAACCAGGUACUUCUGGUCUUCGUAAGAAGACUGCUGUUUUUAUGAAUGAGCCAAAUUAUACUGAAAAUUUUAUUCAAUCCUUAAUGGAUGCUGUUCCAGAAGGUUCUCAAGACGCCGUUCUUGUUGUUGGUGGUGAUGGUCGUUUCUAUAAUGAUGUGAUUAUGAAUAAAAUUGCAGCAAUUGGUGCUGCCAAUGGUAUUAGGAAAUUGGUCAUUGGUCAAAAUGGUCUUUUAUCCACACCGGCUGCUUCCCACAUCAUCAGAUCCUAUCAUGAAAAGAUCACUGGUGGUAUUAUCUUGACUGCAUCACAUAACCCAGGUGGUCCAGAAAAUGAUAUGGGGAUCAAAUAUAAUCUGGCUAAUGGUGGUCCAGCCCCUGAGUCUAUUACUAACGCUAUAUGGGAAGUGUCCAAGAAAUUAACUCAUUAUAAGAUCGUUAAGGAUUUUCCAACUUUAGAUCUUUCUAAGAUCGGACCAAACCAAAAGUACGGGCCUUUGUUAAUUGACAUUGUCGAUACUACCAGUGCAUAUGUCGAUUUCUUGAAGACUAUUUUUGACUUUCCAUUGAUUAAACAGUUUAUUACUAAACAGCGUGAGACUAAGAAUUGGAAACUGUUAUUCGACUCUUUAAACGGUAUUACUGGUCCAUAUGGUAAAGCUAUCUUUGUUGAUGAAUUUGGUCUUCCAGCGGAAGAAGUAUUGCAAAACUGGCAUCCAAAACCAGAUUUCGGUGGUGUUCAUCCUGAUCCCAACUUAACAUACGCAAAAUCAUUAGUUGAUAGAGUUGAUCGUGAAGGUAUCGAAUUUGGUGCCGCAUCCGAUGGUGAUGGUGAUAGAAACAUGAUUUAUGGUGCUGGUCCUGCAUUCGUAUCGCCAGGUGAUUCUGUUGCCAUUAUUGCAGAAUAUGCUAAUGAAAUCCCAUAUUUCUCUAAACAAGGUAUCUAUGGUCUUGCCCGUUCUUUCCCUACUAGUGGGGCUAUUGAUCGUGUUGCUAAGGCUCAUGGUCUUAACUGUUAUGAAGUUCCUACCGGUUGGAAGUUCUUCUGUGCCUUAUUUGAUGCUAAGAAAUUGUCUAUUUGUGGUGAAGAAUCUUUCGGUACUGGUUCAAACCAUAUCAGAGAAAAAGAUGGUCUUUGGGCAAUUGUGGCUUGGUUAAAUGUUUUGGCUAUCUACAAUAAACACAAUCCAGAAAAAGAGGCUUCCAUCAAAAAUAUUCAAGAAGAAUUCUGGGACAAAUAUGGGAGAACAUUCUUCACACGUUAUGACUAUGAAAAUGUUAGUUCUGAAGAUGCUAGGAAGGUUAUUGAUUUACUAAGUAAAUUUGUCUCACAAGAAAAUGUUGUAGGUAGUCCAUUUCCAACUGAUCCAUCUAUGACAGUAGUGGAUGCUGGUGAUUUCUCAUAUACUGAUCUAGAUGGGUCUGUAUCUGAUCAUCAGGGUCUUUAUGUCAAAUUGUCGAAUGGUGCUAGGUUUGUAUUGAGAUUAUCAGGUACUGGCUCCUCUGGUGCUGCCAUCAGGUUAUACAUAGAAAACUACACUGAUGAUUCCAAGAAUUAUGGUUUAACAGCAGAUGUUUUUUUAAGCCCAAUCAUAAAAUCCAUUGUUGAAUUCUUAAACUUUAAAGAAUUAAUUGGCACUGAAGAACCAACUGUUCGUACAUGA